GCUGCCUUUCUCGCUGGAGAAGAGUUGCAAGCGGUUCUACAGUGUUCCAGUGUCUAGUUCUUUAACGUAUUUUGACAAAUCGAGUUGGAACUUUGAGCUCGUGCAGCUUUCAUUGUGAAAUUUCGUGCCGAAACAACUGUGUCCAACGUUGGAUUUGAACUAAAAAUGAUGGAGGACGAUGAUAAUUUCGGCGAGAAAAAUGGCUUUUUCAAGACGUAUCAUAUCAGCGUGUUGAGGAAGAUCCGCAAUGGCGACUUGGCCGCCCUGAAAGCCUGUUGCAAUGACGAGGAACGAUUAGUUUUCGUUCACAGUCUACCCUACGUCCAUGAGAUACCGCUAAUGUCAUCAGCGAUGGCCAAGUCGCUUCCAAAUGGCAAAUCGGCCAUCGACGCGCAAAAGAAGAGAACGGAAGGAAACGAAUUUUUCAAGAAGAAAAACUAUGAGCGCGCAGUACGGCUCUACUCGGAAGCCAUCUCCAAAGCGCCCAGCAUCGCUAAAGAUACGGAAGAACCCCAGCUAGCCAUGGCGUUCGCCAAUCGUUCGGCCGCCUUGUUCCAUCUGGACGCUUACGCUCGAGCGCUAGUCGAUAUUGAUCAAGCGUUGGCCAGCGGUUACCCUGAUGAAUUGCGCUACAAACUCGUCGAAAGGCAAGCUAAAUGUUUGAUGGCGCUGGGUAGGCCGACGGAUCAGAUCGCGGCAACGUGCGAAUCGGCCAUCAAGUGCGUGAAUGAUUCACGUUUGGAUCUGGUCAAACGUCAACAGUUUGAACGAGAUAUGAAACAAUUGAUUUCCGAAUCUGCAGUACCGAACCAAAUGAUUCCGGCUGUGAACAUAAAAUCAAUAAAAGAUAAGGAGAAAAAACAUCUGCCUGACAUCACAGCUGGUAGGAAUAUUGAACACCCUUCGUUUUCCAGCAAAAUUCGAAUAGAGGAGGACGCCAUUUCGGGAAGGUACGGCGUCGCUGAUUCGCCGAUCCGAGUUGGCGACGUGAUCGCUGUCGAUGAGCCUUACGCUUCUGUUAUGAAUCCCGAGAAAUUUGCAACGCACUGCCAUCACUGCUACCGGCCGUUGGAUCUUGGCGAGUUAUUACCGUGUCCAAACUGCACCAACGUGAAUUUCUGUUCUGUCACCUGCCGUUCUGAAGCGAUGGCCGGAUAUCACGCUAUCGAGUGCCCCCUUCUUAGUUACAUCGAAGCGGCUGGCAUCAGCAUUACAUGCUAUUUAUCGUUGCGAAUGAUUGCGAUUCAUCCGCCCAGCUUCUUCAUGGACGUCAAGCCAUUGAUCGAUAAACCUGAAUUACAGAAGGGCGUUGCCCUGAGUGAGCAGACGAAGAAGUACAUCAAGACUUGCCAAUUGGUCACUCACGAUCACAUCCGAAAUAAAGAAAGCUUCUUCCACGUGACACUGAUGGCCGAUUUCCUUUUAAAGUGUUUGAAAGUGGGCGGAUAUUUUGGAAAAAUCGAGCCGACCGAGUUUAACUUUACAGAACCCCUUUCAGACCAAGAGAAAUGGAUCGGUUCGUUGUUGCUAAGACAUCUUCAGCUGCUUCAAUUUAAUGCGCACGAAGUUUCCGAAUUGCGGAUGGAUCGUCCCGGCUGCAUGGAUGGAGCGAAAACUUUCUUUUUGGGAGCCGGUGUUUAUCCGACGGUAGCGCUUUUAAACCAUAGUUGCGAGCCAGGUGUAAUCAGGUGCUUUGUCGGCGAUGUGAUGAUCGUAAGAGCCAUCAAAAGUUUCCAACGCGGCGAGCUGGUCAACGAAAAUUACGGCCCAAUCUUCACGCAAAAACGUCGAGCCGAUCGGCAACGAUCGCUGAAAGAUCGAUACUGGUUCGAUUGUCGUUGCCUACCGUGUACGGAAGAUUGGCCGUUGAUCGGCGAAAUGACUGACGACACCCUUCGUUUCCGUUGCCGCGAUCCUGUUUGCCGAAAGCCGCUGGUCGUUGCCGCUGACACUAUGACGCCGUUCAUCGCGUGUCCUUCGUGUAAGAAGAGCAACAAUAUUCUCAAGAGUCUGCAAAAUCUGCAAGAUACGGAAGGGUCGUUCGUUCGCGGAAGCGAGCUCAUGGACCAAGGCAAUUUCACCGGCGCGUUAAAAUGCUGCCUCGAAACGAUGGCCAAGUUGGACGAUAUUCUCUGCGCGCCUUAUCGUGAUUACAUCCAAUGUCAGGAAAAGGCACGAAGAUGCAUGCUGGCGCUGGGCAACAUCAUUUACGAACCUAUGCAAAGUGAACGCCGUUGAUUCGUCUACUAAUAAACACAAAAACCAAUUAAAAACUAAAACAAAAUUACAGAUUACAAGUAUAACAUCCAUCAAACUCAAAAAAAAAAAAAGAUUUUUCUUUUA